GACAUUAGCAAAAUCAUAGUUUGUCAAUGAUGAAGUCAUAAUUUGUAUUCUCUUUGGUCAUAAUCAAAAAUUUGAAAUGACUUAAUUGUAUCGAUUUCCCAUAUUAUAUAUUAGAAUUCUUUUUGAAAUAGAUUAAUCCGAGGAAUACUAAGCAUUCAUUCUAAAAGACAUUCUAUAGUCUAAAGUGCUAUCUCUGCCCUUAAAGCAGAUCAGUGCAAUCAUCGAAUUCAAUGAACUAAAAAUGAACAAAUUUAACACAUUUUAAAUAUAUUUUUGAUGCAAUUUUUUUCCUCCUACAAUGGAGAUGUUCCCGCCAGAUUUCAUGAGGACUGGUAUGGUAAUACCAGUCUCCAAAGAGACAUACUUCAAUACAAAAUGGCAGCCGACUGAAGCGCCGCUGUGCGCUUACGACAUGUUGUAUCAUCCUCCAGAUUAUAACCCCAAAUCAGCAAGGUCCGACCGCCAAGAACCGAAGAUCAUACGAAAGAAUAUUUGGGACCAAGAAUACCACAAAGGGAUAGCAUCAACAACUCACUUCCAACUCGGCAGACCGAAAUGGAAAACCGCUGACAUACCGACCAAGCAAUUCGUGAGGGUUGUAGUGAAAAACGAGAACCCUCACAUGCGGAUCCACAACGUCUUGGAAUGGACGGUGCUGUUGAACGAAGGGAAACCAAGCGUUUGCGACCAAUAAACAUAAUAUUAUUCA